UGAGCACCAGUUGUGUGUUGUUGUUUGCUGUAUAGUAUCACAUAGAUGGCGCAUCGAUGACGUUUUCAAUUAUCUUACAUCUUCCUAAUAUUUUUCAUUAUGACGAGUUCUGUUAGUACAAAUCCGUCGACGUUAUUACCCUUGGAAUUAGUUGACAAAUGUAUCGGUUCUCGGAUACAUAUUAUCAUGAGAAACGAUAAAGAAAUAGUUGGCACCUUGUUAGGCUUUGACGAUUUUGUAAAUAUGCUGCUCGAAGAUGUAACGGAAAGUGAAGCUACGCCCGAAGGACGUAGGGUCACCAAACUCGAUCAAAUAUUACUUAAUGGAAGCAAUAUCACAAUGCUUGUACCUGGUGGAGAAAUGCCUGAUACAUAAAACCAUGACAUUCUUUGUUAUAUCUUGUAUAAUAAAAACUUGUCCAUUAAUUUAUGAGUUUCUAAUAUUGAAUAUUAAAGAUAUCCAAUGAAUAAAAAUAAGUAUUAAAAUAAAUAUUAAGCAGAAAUUAGUAUACCUCUAAAUUCAUCAUCGAUAUUAUCAUCUAUGGGACGGUACCCUUUUGCGGAAAGAU